ACUGGUGGUGUAGGAUCACAAAGUGUUCAUGCUGAUUGUGAUUUGUAGUCAGUGGUGAGAUGUGAAUUCAGAAUCUCUGUAUCUAGCUGUAGUAGUCUGGUGUUUCAUUACAAGUAGAAUCUGUUUACAAAAAGAAAACUUUGUAAUAUUGGUUGAUGGAAAUCAUGAACAAAGGAACAGUGGUUCUGCUGCUAACUGUUCUUUUGAAACUAUGCGGUGCAUGUAUGAAUGGAGGCAUGCCACAGCUGACGGAGGGUGGAGAAAAUGUGAUGUGUGGACCAAGGAUGCCUCCUUGUUUGGACGGAUUCUUGUGUGAGGACAGUAAAUGCUGCCCUAUGUCUGUACAAACAGGAAUGUGUGCAAAUGGAGGCAUCCCAGAGCAGACGGAGGGUGGAGGAGAUCAAAUCUGUGGACCAAUGAUGCCUCCUUGUGGGGGAGGAUUCUUGUGUGAGGGCAGUACAUGCUGCCCCUGUGCCCUUACAGACAGGAAUGUGUGCGAAUGGAGGCAUCCCAGAGCAGAUGGAGGGUGGAAUAGAUAAGAUAUGUGGAGAAGGGAUGCCUACUUGUAGGGGAGGAUUCUUGUGUGAGGGCAGUAUAUGCUGCCCUGUGCCCCUACAGACAGAUAUGUGUCCAAACGGAGGUCUUCCUGAGCUGAGAGAUGGCCUCACUGUAGGAUGUAUCACAGACGAACAUUGUGGUGGAAUCUUCCAGUGUGAGGAAGCACUUGGUCUCUGUUGUCCGGCCAGAUUGUUUGAUCCAGGUCUAUGUCCAGAUGGAGGAAUGGAAGAGACUGAUGGUGGUAAAUCAAAGCGAUGUGGUUUACAGGAAGGCCAGGAAAUUGUCAGUUGUUCCUCAGGAUAUGUUUGUAACGCAGCUCAGUAUUGUUGCCCCAUCAUAAUCUACACAGGUGUAUGUCCUAAUGGUGGAAUGGCUGAUGUGACUGAGUUUGGACUGCCUCGGGUUUGUAGUGAGGUGUACCGUUGUGAUAAUAGCCAUGGGAUGUAUUCCUGCCAGGGAGGUUACUGUUGUCCUCAGGCAGUAACAUUUGAUGGUCCCUGUCCCAACGGUGGCAUGGCAGCACAGAUAGAUGGUACAGAUAAAAUGUGUGACAGAGAUGGGGACUGUGAGUCAGGAAGCUACACGUGUACCAAUAACUACUGUUGUCCUGUCCCUGUACAAUCUGGUGUGUGUCCAUUUGAUGGAAUCCCAGACAAGAUGGAGACUGGUCAACCUCGUAUGUGUAACAGGACCUCUCCCUGUAGGUCAAGAUCAUACAAAUGUGAGGAAGGAUACUGCUGUCCCCGGAGAUACUCCACUGAUGGUAUAUGUCCUGGUGAUGCCUUACCAGAAAUGAUGGACGGGGCGGUGAAGACCUGUCCAAACAGUAAGAUGUGUGGGGGAGGAUACAGCUGUCAACAUGGCCACUGUUGUCCUAUCAGGGUUUUUACAGGUAUUUGUGCCAAUGGAGGAAAUGUGUCAAUGCACAAUGGUACAAUGGUCUUGUGUUCGAUGGAGAAACCAUGUAACCAAUCAGGAUAUAGAUGUAAUAGAGCAGGUUUCUGUUGUCCAGCUAAAGUGUAUGGAGGUUCCUGUCCUAAUGGAGGAAAACCAGCAUACCAUGAUGGCCGCCCGCGGACGUGUCAUUCUAACAAGUCCUGUGAUGGAGGGAUGUACAUCUGUGAUGGUGGCUACUGUUGUCCUCAGAGAGUUGCUUUUGAUGGUCCCUGUCCCAACGGUGGCAUGGCAGCACAGAUAGAUGGUACAGAUAAAAUGUGUGACAGAGAUGGGGACUGUGAGUCAGGAAGCUACACGUGUACCAAUAACUACUGUUGUCCUGUCCCUGUACAAUCUGGUGUGUGUCCAUUUGAUGGAAUCCCAGAGAAGAUGGAGACCGGUCAACCUCGUAUGUGUAACAGGACCUCUCCCUGUAGGUCAAGGUCGUACAGAUGUGAGGGAGGAUACUGCUGUCCCCGGAGAUACUCCACUGAUGGUAUAUGUCCUGGUGAUGCCUUACCAGAAAUGAUGGAUGGGGCGGUGAGGACGUGUCCCAACAAUGAGAGGUGUGGGGGAGGAUACAGCUGUCAACUUGGCCACUGUUGUCCUAACAGGGUUUUUACAGGUGUUUGUGCCAAUGGAGGAAAUGCGUCAAUGCACGAUGGUAAAAUGGUCAUGUGUUCAGAAGAGAAACCGUGUAACCAAUCAGGAUAUAGAUGUAAUAGAGCAGGUUACUGUUGUCCAGCUAAAGUGUACGGAGGUUCCUGUCCUAAUGGUGGGAAACCAGCAUACCAUGAUGGCCGCCCGCGAACGUGUUAUGCUAACAAGUCCUGUGAUGGAGGGAUGUAUGUCUGUGAUGGUGGCUACUGUUGUCCCCAGAGAGUUUCUUUUGGUGGUCCCUGUCCCAACGGUGGCAUGGCAGCACAGAUAGAUGGUACAGAUAAAAUGUGUGACAGACAUGGGGACUGUGAGUCAGGAAGCUACAAGUGUACCAAUAACUACUGUUGUCCUGUCCCUGUACAAUCUGGUGUGUGUCCAUUUGAUGGAAUCCCAGACAAGAUGGAGACUGGUCAACCUCGUAUGUGUAACCAGACCUCUCCCUGUAGGUCAAGGUCGUACAAAUGUGAGGAAGGAUACUGCUGUCCCCGGAGAUACUCCACUGAUGGUAUAUGUCCUGGCGAUGCCUUACCAGAAAUGAUGGACGGGGCGGUGAGGACGUGUCCAAACAAUAAGAGAUGUGGGAGAUCAUACAAUUGUCAAGAUGGCUACUGUUGUCCAGCAAGAAUUUUCACAGGUGUUUGUGCCAAUGGAGGAAUUGCGGCAAUGCAGGAUGGUAAAAUGGUCAUGUGUUCAAGAGAGAAACCAUGUAACCAAUCAGGAUACACAUGUAGAGAUGGUUACUGUUGUCCAGCUAAAGUGUUCGGAGGUUACUGUCCUAAUGGUGGGAAACCAGCAUACCAUGAUGACCGCCCGCAGACAUGUUAUGCUGAAAAACCCUGUGAUGGAGGGAUGUACAUCUGUGAUGGUGGCUACUGUUGUCCUCAGAGAGUUGCUUUUGAUGGUCCCUGUCCCAACGGUGGCAUGGCAGCACAGAUAGAUGGUACAGAUAAAAUGUGUGACAGAGAUGGGGACUGUGAGUCAGGAAGCUACACGUGUACCAAUAACUACUGUUGUCCUGUCCCUGUACAAUCUGGUGUGUGUCCAUUUGAUGGAAUCCCAGACAAGAUGGAGACCGGUCAACCUCGUAUGUGUAACAGUACCUCUCCCUGUAGGUCAAGGUCGUACAAAUGUGAGGAAGGGUACUGCUGUCCCCGGAGAUACUCCACUGAUGGUAUAUGUCCUGGUGAUGCCUUACCAGAAAUGAUGGACGGGGCGGUGAGGACGUGUCCAAACAAUAAGAUGUGUGGAAGAUCAUACAAUUGUCAAGAUGGCUACUGUUGUCCAGCAAGAAUUUUCACAGGUGUUUGUGCCAAUGGAGGAAAUGUGGCAAUGCAGGAUGGUAAAAUGGUCAUGUGUUCGGCGGAGAAACCGUGUAACCAAUCAGGAUAUAGAUGUAGAGAUGGUUACUGUUGUCCAGCUAAAGUGUUCGGAGGUUACUGUCCUAAUGGUGGCAAACCAGCAUACCAUGAUGACCGCCCGCAGACGUGUCAUUCUAACAAGUCCUGUGAUGGAGGGAUGUACAUCUGUGAUGGUGGCUACUGUUGUCCCCAGAGAGUUUCCUUUGGUGGUCCCUGUCCCAAUGGUGGCAUGGCAGCACAGAUAGAUGGUACAGAUAAAAUGUGUGACAGAGAUGGGGACUGUGAGUCAGGAAGCUACACGUGUACCAAUAACUACUGUUGUCCUGUCCCUGUACAAUCUGGUGUGUGUCCAUUUGAUGGAAUCCCAGACAAGAUGGAGACCGGUCAACCUCGUAUGUGUAACAGUACCUCUCCCUGUAGGUCAAGGUCGUACAAAUGUGAGGAUGGAUACUGCUGUCCCCGGAGAUACUCCACUGAUGGUAUAUGUCCUGGUGAUGCCUUACCAGAAAUGAUGGACGGGGCGGUGAGGACGUGUCCCAACAAUGAGAGGUGUGGGGGAGGAUACAGCUGUCAACAUGGCCACUGUUGUCCUGUCAGGGUUUUCACAGGUGUUUGUGCCAAUGGAGGAAAUGCAUCAAUGCACGAUGGUAAAAUGGUCAUGUGUUCGGCCGAGAAACCAUGUAACCAAUCAGGAUAUAGAUGUAAUAGAGCUGGUUACUGUUGUCCAGCUAAAGUGUACGGAGGUUCCUGUCCUAAUGGCGGGAAACCAGCAUACCAUGAUGGCCGCCCGCGGACGUGUCGUGCUAACAAGUCCUGUGAUGGAGGGAUGUACGUCUGUGAUGGUGGCUACUGUUGUCCUCAGAGAGUUUCCUUUGGUGGUCCCUGUCCCAACGGUGGCAUGGCAGCACAGAUAGAUGGUACAGAUAAAAUGUGUGACAGAGAUGGGGACUGUGAGUCAGGAAGCUACACGUGUACCAAUAACUACUGUUGUCCUGUCCCUGUACAAUCUGGUGUGUGUCCAUUUGAUGGAAUCCCAGACAAGAUGGAGACUGGUCAACCUCGUAUGUGUAACAGGACCUCUCCCUGUAGGUCAAGGUCGUACAAAUGUGAGGAAGGAUACUGCUGUCCCCGGAGAUACUCCACUGAUGGUAUAUGUCCUGGUGAUGCCUUACCAGAAAUGAUGGACGGGGCGGUGAGGACGUGUCCCAACAAUGAGAGGUGUGGGGGAGGAUACAGCUGUCAACAUGGCCACUGUUGUCCUGUCAGGGUUUUUACAGGUGUUUGUGCCAAUGGAGGGAAUGCGUCAAUGCAGGACGGUAAAAUGGUCAUGUGUUCGGCCGAGAAACCAUGUAACCAAUCAGGAUAUAGAUGUAAUAAAGCUGGUUACUGUUGUCCAGCUAAAGUGUACAGAGGUUACUGUCCUAAUGGUGGGAAACCAGCAUACCAUGAUAGCCGCCCACGGACGUGUCAUUCUAACAAGUCCUGUGAUGGAGGGAUGUACAUCUGUGAUGGUGGCUACUGUUGUCCUCAGAGAGUUUCCUUUAGUGGUUUUUGUCCCUAUGGUGGUAUUGCUGAGCAGAUGGACAGAAAAGACCGUGUUUGUUAUAUCAAUGACACCAAUACAUGUGGACAGUCCUAUUCCUGUACAAACCAUGUGUGCUGCCCACAGGUCAUCCAGGAUCACAUGAACUACUGUCCGUAUGGUGGAUUAGUGCAGUUGGAGGCUGGGAAACCCAAAACAUGUAAUGAGAGUGGUACAGCCUCACAGUGUCGAGCUAGAUCACACAGCUGUAUGGAGGGGUACUGCUGUCCUCACAAGGUCAUCAUUCAAGGUCGUUGUCCUGGAGGAGCUAUGCCAGAGAUGAUGGGGGAUGUACCUAAGAUGUGUGAGGAAACUUCUGCCACCAGUCAAUGCAGCUCUGAUUCCUUCUGCAAGAACAACAUGUGUUGCCCUAAAGCUAUUCCUGCAAAUGGCCCAUGUAGAAAUGGAGGUGAUAUGAAAAUGGAUACCAAUGGAAAUCCAGUAACUUGUGAAACAACAAAGGGGUCAUGUGGCACAGCCUUUACCUGUGAGGAUGUCGGGAGCAAUAUGGCGUGUUGUCCAAAAACAGUCAACAUCUCUAACAUGCAGGAGCCGUGUGGGCCUGGAGCGGGUCCUUUGCUCAGCAGAGAUGGCACUUCUGCCCUAGAUUGUGAAGACAAUACCACAUGUCCAGCCAGGGCAUUCUAUUGUCACCAGAUGGCAGGACAGAGUUUCAGACUUUGUUGUCCAGUCAAAUACACACAUCCUAAGCCUGGAGAGUGUCCUGUGGCCAAUGGUACAAGUGCAAUAUGUUGGGAGCAAUGCUCAAAUGAUACAGACUGUAUAGGAAUUAUGAAGUGCUGUUCUAAUGGUUGUGGACACAUCUGUUUAGCCCCAGAAAGAAGAAGAAAGCCUGGUCAGUGUCCCAUUCUGCCCACUGGUCCAGUUGGAACAUGUUUGGAGGAAUGCUCAGAGGACUCCAACUGCCAAGGAAAACGCAAAUGCUGUUCAAACGGUUGUGGACACAUCUGUUUGGCACCAGAUGGCCCCUGUGGUAAGGACAUGCCUCUCACACAUAUGAACGGCACUGAAUUACAUUGUGGUAGAGGUGGACAAGCCUGUCCCAGCGAUUCUGUCUGUAAAGUCGACAAAGGGGAUAAAUAUGCAGUCUGUUGUUCAAAUAAAUACUAUGAAGACAGGAAGAAGUGUAUGAACUACCACGGUGGCUACCCAAUGCAUAGGCGUGAUGGCACUGUGUAUGACUGUAGUAACGGAAAGGACUGUCCCUACAAGGGACGAUGUAUGACCGAUGAGAAUGGAACAUAUGCUGUCUGUUGUAAUUUUGUUGGUGGAGAUGACAAACCUUGCAAUUAUUUCCGAGGUGGAGAAGAAAGAAAAUAUGCAAAUGGCACUUCCUUAUUCUGCGGCCGUGGAAACCAUAGAGUAACUUGUCCCUCAGAUACCCAUUGCACCGUCCACCCAGCAGAUGGAUUUGCUGUGUGCUGCCCAAAAAAUGCUACCAAGCCAGGCACUUGCCCAGCAGUGGAUGAAGUUACCACAGAAACUACUGCAGACACAUGUGCAGAUGUAUGUACAGUGGACACAGACUGUGAAGCAAAUAUGAAAUGCUGUCAUAGGGGAUGUGGCCUCACCUGUAUGAAACCAGUAAUUAGAAAGCCAUUGACAGAAUGCCAGAUGAGCAAGUUGAAGAUAGCAAUCUCUCUACAGACAGAAGGAGAUAUCUGUGACAGUGUAUUCAUCCCAAGAUGUGAUAGGAAUGGUAACUACAGUCGUACCCAAUGUCAGGAUAACACAGGGGUAUGUUGGUGUGUGUUCCCUAAUGGCACAGAGAUCCCCAGAACCAAGAGGAUUGGACGACCCCAGUGUAAUAAAGCUAGCAGACCUGGCCAGUGUCCUGUUGUGACCAUGAAUACCCAAACUGUUGCUCCUACUUUAUGUGCUGCAAAAUGUAGCUCUGAUGACAACUGUACAACAGCUGGACAGCGGUGUUGUGAAAGUUCCAGUUGUGGACCGACCUGUCAGGCUAUCAGGGGUGACCCAGAGCCUGAAUUGUGUCCUGCUGGGGUACAGGCUAUGUGCUGCGACUUCCUGCAGUGUGUGGACCACAUGUGUCCAGCCCAUCCAAGGGCUAAAUGUCGAAUGAACCCCUGUGGAGGUUGUCAUGUGGAGUUCUACGACAAAUACAGCAACAAAGUCAAUUGUACCGAAGGUUUGACCCCGUGUCAGCUACAGCGGAUGGAUGCUAACAUGAAGAAAGUGAAUGUAACACGCCGACAACGCAUCCGCAGGUACCUUUACUUGAUCAAACAGGAAGAGGAAGAAAAAGAAGACAACACCAAAAGACCUGAGGAUACAGUACCUAUGAUAGAGGAGACAGAUAAGAUGGAUGAAGUGUGUAGACUGCCUAUGACGAAGGGCUCGUGUAAGGCCUUCAUCUACAGAUACUACUACAACCACACUCAACAGGCGUGUAUGAAGUUUAAAUAUGGUGGCUGUGAAGGCAACAAGAACAACUUCGAGGAUAUUAACACUUGCUAUAAAACCUGUCAAGCCUCCAAAGCUGUACCUCCAUUCUGUGUACCUAAACCUAAAGUGGGUGAUUGUGAGGCGGCCAUUCCCAAGUACUACUACAACACCACCACAGAAAUGUGUGAGAAGUUCUACUGGGGCGGCUGUGGAAAAGACCUCACCAAUAUCUUUGAUUCCAUGAAAUUGUGUAUGAGUAAAUGUGCUCCAGUUGAAGUUUGUCAAAUGAGGAACUGUGGACCAGAGUUUAUUUGUCAGCCAACAGGGAAGAAACAAGCCAAAUGUAUACCCAAGAACCAGGUGGAUUCUGGGUACGAGUCAUAUGUGCCUCGCUGUGAGCGAGAUGGUUCUUUCUCACCCCAGCAGUGUAUUGGUGACACCUGUUGGUGUGUGGACAGUCAUGGAACCCCUGAUAACACCACCAUCUCUAUGGCUCAUGCCAAUUGUAAUGGUUCAAGCACUGGAGGACAAGGACCAGAUGUGGUGUGUCCAGACAAUACUCGACCAAUGGUGUGUUCAAACAAGUGUCAGAAUAGGACAUGUGGUGACCGCACUGAUGUCCGGUGUCUGACCAACCCAUGUCAGCGCUGUCAGGUCAAGUUUGUGGAUUACAACAACAAAGAAGUGAAGUGUGGUGUCAGUCCUUGUGACAUGAGGGAACCUAAGAUGAUAAAUAAGCCAGCUGGUGGCUGCCUCAAUGGAGCUCGUAGAUGGUUCUUCAAGAAGAGUACGCAGACAUGUGAAGUUUUUAAGUACUCUGCCAACUGCUAUGGGAAGGAUUCCUACUUCAAGUCCCUUCUGGAUUGUCGGAACAAAUGUCAAGGGUCCCCUUGUGGUGAGACUGGUACAUUGAGAACUUGUACGAAUACCUGUGCCAACAUGACCUGUCAAUAUUACCCCAAUGCCACAUGUAAAGUGAAUCCAUGUACUUGUGAGGCACACUUCUUUGACCCGGUCACCAUGGAACUUGUUGACUGCUCUAAGUUCAUCACACAGUGCCAGAAGAACCGUACCAAUGCAUUGAUAGCGUAUAAUGAGAACGCUGCUGCUGGAACGGCUGAAAUGAACGUGACCCUCCCUCAGUGUAGAGAGGAUGGACGCUUCUCCAACCAGCAAUGUAACGAGACCAAUUUAACCUGCUGGUGUGUAAACCAGGCAGGCCAGGAGAUGCCCAGGACAAGGGUUAGGGUCAGCUCCCCAAAUGUAGACAUCAGUUGUAAGGGAAACAACUUAACUCACGUACUUGUGAGACUGAGAUUUAACACUGACUUCAGUCUGGUCAGAGGCAAGGAGCAGGCUUUUAUUGUAGUCAUUAAGGCAGCACUGGGACCAAACAUAGCCAGGGAAAUCACAGACAUUCGUUUGAGGGAGGGCAGUAUUGUGGCUGAGAUGACUGUGAAUGGAGAUGCUGACCCAACUGUUGUAGCUGCUGAGAUCGAGGAGGAUGUGCAGGGAGGUAACCUACAGAUGGAGUUUGAAGGGCAGACCCUGACUGCUGAUCCUACCAGUGUGGAGACUAGCCUAGUGUUCCAGGCUCAGACUGGUAAUGAAGAGGAUAUACCUAUUGGACACCGUGACAACAGUGACAAAUCAACCGUCAUCGCUCUUAUCAUCACCAUCGUUGUUCUUGCUGCAAUCUUGAUUGUCAUUGCUUUAUUUAUCCUUCGCAAGAGAAAUCAAGAAAAGAAUGAAUUCUCUAGUUUAGAGGAUUCCAAGGUAACAGGCCACAACAAUCCUGUGUACAAUCAGGCGUACGAAACAAAGUGAGUGGCCUGGUUCCUGUACAUGUAAGAUUGACUCGGUCACCUGUAUAUUGUACAAGGCAACUCAAUUUAUAAUCACAUAUUUUUACUGAAACAAUACACAGAAACUCGGGGAUAUUCAUUUUAAUUUGCUUUAAAACUUUUGACACUGAUAAUCUCCCCUGAGUGGUACAGAUAGAGUGAAGAAUUUAUUUUUAUAUUGUUUACUGUGUAUACGAGACAAAGAAACAUUCUAUCACUGUUUUGGAUAUAGGAACUUCUCAUUUAAUCACUUUUGGAAGGGAAAAUCAGAUUUCUUGUCUUCCUUCUUCACCUGCAUGGGAGGGUGUAAUGUUUGAAUCAUGUUUACUGAUUAUUCUGACUUGAGACAUUACAUUGGACAAUCUCACUUUUCUACACCUGAACUCCUUUGUCUGAAAGUCAAUGUGAUACUACUUUAUACUACCUGUCCACAAAUAGUCUCAAUCAUGUCAUAUUCCCCUAAUAACAAGUCAGUUUUAAGAUUUGUUUUAAAAAUAUUAAAGGAAUUUAGGUUUAUUAAAGAUAUUGAAUAUGUUUCAACAUAAUUCAACAAUAUGACUUGCAUCUAGUUAUCAGAAUCACUAAAAGUUAAAAUAUAUGUACGUUAAUUUUACUUGUAUAUUGAGAAUUGUUCUGUGUAUAUCUUUAUAAAACUUCUUUAUGUUCCCUUAAAUAUUAUCCUAAACAUUCUGCCAGAUUUUUCAUUUGUUCUACUUAGAGAAUUUUUCAGAGUAAGAUAUUCUCAAAAAUGAUUGUACAAUGUAGUCUAUAUACAUAUACACUACGGUAAGGUUAAAAGACACAUUUUUAUAGUAACAUAUUUUUGAUAACUUUUGUAUGAUAAAUCAUAUAUGCUUUCUGGUAAGGUUCCGGUCACCUUAACUUUUUCUAUAGUAAAUUUGUAAUUGUGUGUAAUUUGAGUGCGAGAUUACCUGUUCCAGGCGAUGGUACAAUAAGUGUGGGAGGUCUGUGAGUAUCUGUAUCCUCUACCCAAUCUUGUAUAUAAUAUAUCUCUUUAUAUAAAUGCAUUGUUAUACUACUCAGAGAUCACCUUUAUUCAAGAUAUCAUACCUUCAUUUUUUGACUGGAGAUCGUUACAAGAUUUACAAUGUACUUGGUAGGUCUUUUAUAUUAUUCUGGAAUAUUGUAAAUUUUUUGUUUAUAAUUCAUGUGAUGUCUAUAGUUAAACCACAAUGACCUGUCAUACUGACCUUCCUGUGAACAAUGAUCUAUUGUUUCCAGCUAAGGAACAGGUCAUUUUGAAUGUGACAGGUGAUUUUGGUGUAACUAAUCAAUUACACGUACCAUCAAACUCAGAAAUAACUUUUCUGCCCAAAUAUAUUUUGAGAAAUUUGAAUGGCAUUAUAUUCCAAGGGUAAGGUUCUCUUCAUCUAUUUUUAACACCUGGGACCUGUUCCUUUUUGUCAUGUUGCUGAUGCAGUUUGUCAAUUUUAAUCUUUUAACUAAAUCGGGCAUGAAUCUUGAUCUAAUAUCAUCAGGUAUUAAUACAGUACUUGAGAGUUUUUGUCAAAGGCUCUCCAGAAAGUAAAAUGAACAAUUCUAGUAAAAACAGAUAAUCCAUUUAGACUACAAAAGCAAAAAAUGGCCCUAGAAACAAGAAAUCUGAUGGCAUUAUUUGUACUUUUGGUUGAAUCUGGUAUGUUUCGAUAAAGAACAAACUGUCUGUGUUUCAACAAGAUGAAAAAACAAACCAUGAAUUUACCAAUGUGCAAGGGAGAUAACCAAGUUUUUUACUGUCAAACUGAAGGGAGAUAACUGAGUUAUUUACUGUCAAACUGAAGGGAGAUAACUGAGUUAUUUACUGUCAAACUGAAGGGAGAUAACCGAGUUAUUUACUGUCAAACUGAAGGGAGAUAACCGAGUUAUUAAUUGUCACACUGAAGGGAGAUAACUGAGUUUAUUUACUGUCAAACUGAAGAAAGAUAACCUAGUUAUUAACUGUCAAACUGAAGGGAGAUAACCAAGUUAUUUACUGUCAAACUGAAGGGAGAUAACCAAGUUAUUUACUGACAAAAUCAAGGGAGGUAAUUGAAUUAAUUACUGUCAAAUCUCAUAUUUAUUCUGUAUAAUCAUUAUAGGUUAAUACCAUUACACUCAUUCCGCGUUGUGAGGAUUAUAUAAUACAUAUCAUUGUCAUGUAAUCAGCCAUAUGUCUAUUUUUAUUGUAAAAUGUAAAUAUCAUGUGUUAUAAGUUUAUCAAAUUCUGUGAAUAUAUUAAUCUAAUUAUGGCCUUAGUUAUCUGGAAACAAUUGAUGAUUACGUAUAUGUUAUUCUAUAUAUGUCAGCCACCACUGUGACUUGAGGUUGCUUUCUGGGGCAAAACUUCACAUCAAUGCAGUCCAAAUAUUGUUUGUGGAAAUUUUGUACAAAGUUUUUAAUGUAUCAAUUGUACAAUUUAUUUUUUUCAUGUUAUGUAUUUAUUGCAAUGUUGAGAGGGGUUGCAUCAUGUUAGUAUAACCUUUCAGAUACUUAUAUAAUAACUUUAAAGUACAAUAUAUAUGCAAUGUUUUGUUAGCAACUGUAGUAACUAAGCAUGCUACUUCUCUCAGAAAUAGAUCCUAGUUUAUUGGGAGACUCUUCAAUCUUAGAUACUUCCAUGCUGCCUUCCUGAGACACACCCUCCCUCUCCAAGUUCUCUAGGCAUAGGUCCAGGGAGGGGAUACCUUGGCAUGCUGCCUCCCAGAGACAUCCUCCCCUACAAUUUAUCUAGACAUAGGUCGAGGAAUGGAAGGUAAUUUAACACGCGCAUAUUCCCUCCCGGAGACACCCUCUGUAAUAAUUUCUCCAUAUGUAGGUCGAGGAAGGGAAGGUAACUCUGCACGCUGCAUCCUCUGCUCUUUGAUUGAGAUAUAUUAUAAUUCAUUUGGAGACUUUUCUAGCUUAGAUACUUAUGUAUAAUGUGAAGAUGUACUGCUUUAUCUACUUCAUUCACUCCUUACAAAGUCCUGGUGACUACACACUCAUUUUCCUUCACACUUGUAUCAUCCAUAAUUAUAUGAUGCCUUAGACAUAUUCUAUAUUACAUAAAACAUUUAUCUUUGGAAUGUGGGUUUACUCAAAGCUUUUGUUGAGUUUUUUUUCUGAGAUAUUUGAAUUGUUUUUUCAAACAUUAAUUAUUGAAAUCCAAGUUUUAUAAAUUAUAUACAGUGUAUUUUCAAAGAAAAUCCUAGAGUUAAGAUGUAUUAUUGUAGUUAUAGUGUUGAAUUAACCUAACUGGUAGUGUACCACUGUUCUGAAUAAGUUAUUCAUUUUAUUUAUGAUCAAAGCACAAUCUGUUUAGUGUGUCAUAGAUUUUUGAUAGACUUGGUAACAUUGCUUGUGUGAAAUUGUGAAUGCUCAAAAAUCCAUACUAAAGAAUGAAUUGGAGAGUUAGGUUUAAAGACUGAUACCAUCAUACCUCAGAAAGUAUGAAUUGGAGAGUUAGGUUUAAAGACUGAUACCAUCAUACCUGAGAAAGUAUGAAUUGGAGAGUUAGGUUUAAAGACUGAUGCCAUCAUACCUCAGAAAGUAUGAAUUGGAGAGUUAGGUUUAAAGACUGAUGCCAUCAUACCUCAGAAAGUAUGAAUUGGAGAGUUAGGUUUAAAGACUGAUACCAUCAUACCUCAGAAAGUAUGAAUUGGAGAGUUAGGUUUAAAGACUGAUACCAUCAUACCUCAGAAAGUAUGAAUUGGAGAGUUAGGUUUAAAGACUGAUACCAUCAUACCUCAGAAAGUAUGAAUUGGAGAGUUAGGUUUAAAGACUGAUACCAUCAUACCUCAGAAAGUAUGAAUUGGAGAGUUAGGUUUAAAGACUGAUACCAUCAUACCUCAGAAAGUAUGAAUUGGAGAGUUAGGUUUAAAGACUGAUACCAUCAUACCUCAGAAAGUAUGAAUUGGAGAGUUAGGUUUAAAGACUGAUACCAUCAUACCUCAGAAAGUAUGAAUUGGAGAGUUAGGUUUAAAGACUGAUACCAUCAUACCUCAGAAAGUAUUAAUUGGAGAGUUAGGUUUAAAGACUGAUACCAUCAUACCUCAGAAAGUAUGAAUUGGAAAGUUAGGUUUAAAGACUGAUACCAUCAUACCUCAGAAAGUAUGAAUUGGAGAGUCAGGUAUAUUAACUAGAGACCAGGGUAUUUUGUGUUAACUAAGAAACGGUAGAUAGCUUGAGUUCUAUUGGAGUUUUGUAUUGUUUCUAUUUAUUAUUUCUUUAUAAUCAGUUGUUUUAUCAUCAUUUACAUAGAAUCUCAGAAUUCCAAUUUCCAUUGCUUCGGACUGCAGGACAAUGUCGAGGCAUGACAGUCAAUUGUUAGAUAUUUGUUAUCAAAAACAUUAACUGUUAUCAGUAAUCUUUUGUGUUGUGUACUUUGGAUUUACUUCAAAAUAAAGAGAUUUCAUUUAA